AUGACGCAAGCCCUGGACCAUUUCGAUGGCGCGACAAACGCGACGUUUCAGCAGCGUUACUUCUUGGACAUGCAUUGGUACGACUCGGGCGCGUCCAAGCGAAUGCGAAAAAACGGCAAAGAAAUUGUGCCAGUGAUUGUGUACGAUGGGGGCGAGUCGGACAUUGAUGCGCGACGGCCCAUGCUUGAGACGGGCAUUGUGCGCUUGCUGGCAGAGGCCACCGGUGGGAUUGGGAUUGUACUCGAACACCGGUACUAUGGUACAUCGCUCCCUGAUCGAGCUGCACUGGGAAAUGGAUCUGAUUGGGGCGUGGACCAAUUGCGCUGGUUAAAUACGCGGCAGUCCUUGCACGACUCGGCUUCAUUUAUCGAACGAAUGCGCUUCCCGGGCGUUGGCACAGACGCAGAGGUGCGCGUUAUAUACUAUGGUGGCUCGUAUGCUGGCGCGCGUGCCGCAUUCAUGCGCAAGACAUACCCAAAUUUGGUCCACGGCGCAAUUGCAAGCUCUGCCGUUGUGGGCGCAAGCGUGGAUCUGCCGGAAUACUAUUACGCCGUUGCGCGAUACUCGCCGAGCAAGUGUGCUCAGGCUAUGCAGCAUGCAGUGCAUGCAUUGGAUGCCAUCAUUGCGCCUUCUGAAGAAGUGAAUGUGACGCAGGCUGACGCGCUGCGUUCCUUGUUUAACGCGUCCAAUGUGACGAGCUUGGACGAUUUUGCAUCGCUUGUAGCGGUGCCGCUGGGCAUCUUCCAAAGCAACACUUGGGAGAACGACGCACGUGUGUCGCCAUGGCAGCGUUUCUGUGCGUCGCUUGUAAAUGGGACACGCGCAGCGCAACUGCGAAAAGAGCAUGCACUGGCACUGGCACAGCUUCCGAGUGUGCCAGACACGCUGCUCAACUGGGGCGAUGUAGUGCGUGGGCUUUUGCCCGAGAGUGGCGAUGCGUGGCGUAUGAGUGAUCCUUCCUUUUUCCGCCAGGACGGCGGUGUUCUUUCAGACAACAAGGCGUGGACAUUCCAGGUGUGCACCGAGUAUGGAUACUACCAACUUGCGCCACCCAUCCCCCAUCUUGCCACGGGCCAAGCGUCCGGGCCCAAGAUUUUGUCUGCCCGUAUAGAUGCGCGGCUCUACCAAACACUCUGUGAUCAGGGAUUCACGCCCGGCACGCACUUUGCCAUGCCAAAAACGCCCAAUGUAUCGAUCCCCAAUGCGUAUGGGAACAUGCACCUUGCCGUGGAUCGGCUUGCAUUUAUCGAUGGCCAAGCAGAUCCUUGGCGCUCCAUGACGCCGCAUAGCGAAGAGUACGCCUUUGGGGGCAAUCGUCCCGACACCAUAAAUCGCCCAUUCAAGCUGAUUCCCGACUGCUGGCACCACUGCGACUCGACUGCGCUGCUGAAUAGGACGGCGGAGCCAGAGCGCAUCCAAAAUGUGCACAACGAGCAAGAGGCGUUUGUGCGUGCGUGGCUAAAGGAGUAA